CGGGAAGUAGUUGCUCUCCUUAAUGGUGUUUAGUUGCGUUGUGAAAGAAACGACUAGAACAUGGACUACGACGAUGUGUCAGUCUUUACAAUCGCAGUUACACCACACGUCACGGCAUCAGCUGUUAUGGAGUCCUAAAUUUUGGGACUCUCAAAUGAGUGUUAAUUGUGAAACGCUAAACUACUGCUUGGGAGGAAAAUAUUUUUGGUAAUUCCUUGGAAUUUAUCAUCGACUGUUCCUGGAACUUGCAAAUGAGGCAUCAGUUGCUUCGUCCAUUACAAUCCACCGUGACACUGUUGAUGUUUCACCGACUGACACACAACCGCUUUCGUCCGGGUAAAAUGGCCACGCUGGGGAGCCUAAACUUUGACAAUCUAGCCCUGCGCUCUCUCCCAAUCGACCCGGAGACACAGAACUUCACCAGGAGUGUCAAGGGUGCCUGUUUCUCCAAAACAACCCCGGAGCCGGUGGCGAAGCCGGAGACGGUAGCCGUGUCGCUCCCUGCUCUCCGCUUGCUGGAUCUUGACGACAAGGAGUCCGAGAAACCGGAAUUUGCUGAGUACUUUGCUGGGAAUAAACUCUUGCCCGGGGCCGAGACGGCCGCCCAUUGCUACUGCGGACAUCAGUUCGGCUACUUCUCUGGCCAGCUGGGAGAUGGGGCUGCCAUGUACCUUGGUGAGGUAGUAAACUCGGCCGGUGAACGCUGGGAGAUUCAACUCAAAGGAGCAGGGCCAACACCUUACUCCAGACAGAGUGACGGCAGGAAGGUCCUUCGCUCCACCAUCAGAGAGUUUUUGUGCAGCGAGGCUAUGCAUCACUUGGGAAUCCCCACAACACGAGCUGGUUCAUGCGUGACCUCUGACACCAAGAUUGUCCGUGACAUCUUCUACUCCGGCAAUCCUAUCAGAGAGAGGGCAACACUGGUCCUGAGGAUUGCACCAACAUUCUUCAGAUUUGGCUCCUUUGAGAUCUUUAAGCCUCUGGACAGGAUGACUGGGCGCGGCGGGCCGAGUGUGGGCAGGAAAGACGUACUGGAACAGAUGCUGGAGUAUGUCAUCAAGACAUUUUUCCCCGAGAUUUAUGAACAACACAAGGAUAAUGCCCAAGAGCGCUAUCUUGCAUUCUACCGUGAAGUCAUCAAGUUAACUGCGCAGCUUGUUGCUGGAUGGCAGUGUGUUGGCUUCUGUCAUGGUGUGUUAAACACAGACAACAUGAGCAUCCUUGGCCUGACGAUUGAUUAUGGCCCGUAUGGAUUCUUGGACGCCUAUAACCCAGACCACAUCUGUAACAAUUCAGAUGAUGGUGGUCGGUACACCUACGUAAAGCAGCCGGCCAUUUGCCGUUGGAAUCUUGAGAAACUGGCUGAGGCACUCGCCAUGGCACUGCCGGUAGACUUGGCCAAGGCAGAGCUGGGAUUGUAUGAUGAAGAGUACGAGAAGAGCUACAUGCGCAGGAUGAGGAACAAGCUGGGACUGCUGAGGAAAGAGCUGCCGGAAGACAAGGAACUUGUGCAGUCGUUCCUUGACACAAUGUACCAGACCCAGUCCGAUUUCACCAACUCCUUCCGAUGUCUGAGUCGAUUCAGACUGCCUGGUAGUAAGGACGCAGAUGACGAUGAUGAUGCAGUGGUGGAAUACUUACUGACUCAAUGCAGCACCGCUGACGAGUUGAAGAAAUCAAUGAAGCCCAGGAUGGAUGGCAGAGAGCUGCAGAUGAUGAUGAUGUUGAUGCAGAUGAACCCUGACUUGCUUCAGCAGCUGGGAGGCGGCCACAUGCGUCUCAUGAAGGAACUGGAACGCAUGGAGAAAGCCAAGGAAUUGGAGAACCUGACUCGGGAGGAGAAGACACAGACUGACAAAGCCAAAUGGGAGGUGUGGCUUAGCUCAUACAGGGGGCGGCUUGCCAAGGAAACCGACGGGCUGGAUGGUGAGAGCGCCCUCAAGGAGUUCAAUCAGAAGAGAGUAGAGACCAUGAACGCCAGUAAUCCCAGAUUCAUCCUGAGGAACUACAUCGCGCAGAACGCGAUCGAGGCUGCUGAAAAGGGAGAUUUCUCUGAGGUGCGACGUGUUUUGAAGCUGUUGGAGACACCAUACAGUGACACUGUAGACCUUGGUAACCUAGCAACAAGCAGCCAAUCAGCAUCAAGUGCCAGCACAGAUGAAGAUGCUGGUGCCUCGUCAUCAGUGGGCUCAUCCAGCCAACCUGCCAUCAAUCCCAUCAAGGGCUGUGCUGGGUUAGCAUACGACGGCCGCCCGCCCCAGUGGGCAGCUGAGCUCCGAGUCACCUGAUCCUCGUAAACUGUCUCAGUGUUAAAAAAAAAGGUUGCAACACAGAGUACAUAAUCUUCCAAAGAAAUGUUUACAUUUUUCUGUAGUAAUUUGGAAAGUUGCAUUGUUCAACAUGCGUAGCAGGCAAAGCAAAGCCUCGUUUAUAAUUUAGUCAAAUUACUAAUCCUAACCUCCUCAACUCCAUCAAAACCCAUCCCCCAUUUUGGGGAUUUUGGUAAGCAGGCCAUGAGUACCAAGUCCAUCAAAAUCCACCUAUAGUAGUGGUGGUCUUGUGGUGGA